ACUGGCUGCCGGAACAGGCCGCAUGAGGCGGGCGGGGCCUGCGUUUCUCCGAAAGAAAUCCUGGGAAAGCGGCGAAAUGGAGGGGUGUGUGUCUAACCUAACGAUCUGUAACUUGGCCUACAGCGGGAAGCUGGAGGAGUUGAAGGAGCGAAUUCUGGCGGAUAAAUCCCUGGCUACCAGAACUGACCAGGACAGCAGAACUGCACUGCACUGGGCAUGCUCAGCUGGACAUACAGAAAUUGUUGAAUUCUUGCUGCAGCUUGGGGUGCCAGUGAAUGAUAAAGAUGAUGCAGGUUGGUCUCCUCUUCAUAUUGCUGCUUCUGCUGGCCGAGAUGAGAUUGUAAAAGCCCUUCUCGUAAAAGGUGCACAAGUGAAUGCUGUCAAUCAAAAUGGCUGUACCCCCCUCCAUUAUGCAGCUUCGAAAAACAGGCAUGAGAUUGCUGUCAUGUUACUAGAAGGUGGAGCUAAUCCAGAUGCCAAGGACCAUUAUGAGGCUACAGCAAUGCACCGGGCAGCAGCCAAGGGUAACUUGAAGAUGAUUCAUAUCCUUCUGUACUACAAAGCAUCCACAAACAUCCAAGACACUGAGGGUAACACUCCUCUACACUUAGCCUGUGAUGAGGAGAGAGUGGAAGAAGCAAAAUUGCUGGUAACCCAAGGAGCAAGUAUUUACAUUGAGAAUAAAGAAGAAAAGACACCCCUGCAAGUGGCCAAAGGCGGCCUGGGUUUAAUACUCAAGAGAAUGGUGGAAAGUUAAGCAGCUUGGAUCUAUUCUUUGUAUGUUUUGUUGCCCUCAGUGUCCUGGAAACUGAUGUUCUGUGCACAGGACAACUUGUAUGAAUGACAGGAGUUUUCUCACCUUCAUAGUUUCAUAAACAUGUUGUAUUGUUCCUGCUGAGGUAACUUGUUCUAAGCUGAUGAUCACUUUCCAGGCAUUGAAAAAUUGUCGAGGUUGUUCUCCUGUUGUCAUUUACUCUCUAUUGAGUCUUGGUUAAUUUGGAGUAAGUGGUCCUGUGGCUGUUGUGAGUCUUCAUCACCUUCCUGUGCACCUUCUGUACCCCUGUGGAGCAGAACAAGUCCAGGAACAACAGGGCAGUUGUUCUGUCAGAUGGUUCUAGAUGGACCCUGUGUAUUCCACUGUGCAAUUGAAAUAAAUUCUAACUUGUUUUUCAGGUUCACUCAGAAGAUGCCAAAUAGUUCUGUUUUUCAACUAUGAGCUUAAUUUAUUUUUGUUACAGGAGGAAAUUAUAUAUUUUGGUGGACCAAAUUUUAAUCUGGAGGGUAUGCUCUUAAAAUAAUGAAGAACAGUAGCCUGUGUGCCCAUGUACCUUUUUGACUAGCCAUUUUCCUCCAAAAUAAGGUGUAUCGUUUUUUAAAAAAAUUAAAAGUGUCUAUAUUGGCUUACCUUGUAUUGAAAAGAAUGUCAAGCUUAUUAAAGUAUGUAACAAAAAUAUAUUUUGACUUGUAUUUCAAGAAGUAAAAAAAUAAAAUGUUUAAAGAUUC